ACCCAAUUCAAUGAGUCUUGCUACUAAAAGAAUGAUUAUCAUAAUGUAAUGAAUGAAUCCGAAAAAAGGGGGGGAUUUAAAAGUUAAUUAUAAACACGCAAAAGAAAUAUUAUAUGAUUUGUUUUAUACCAGUUAAUGAAUACAGAUGUUCUCACACAAUAUAAAAUUAAACCUCGCUAACAAAGAUCAGAUAGGUAUUAUACAGAUUAUAUAGGUCAGGUAUAUUUCUGUCAUUUAAAGUUUAUCGAUUACCUGAAUCAGAUAUACAUAAGUCUUCAAUAACUUCUUUGUAAGUGUACAUUUGAAAACACAGCGAAGGACAUUUUAGUUGAAAUACACAACUAGUUUAACUUUUGUCACGUUAACAACAGCAGAUAAUGGCAUCCAGUAAACCUGUACCAUGUGGACCUUGUCAGGAAGGAAAAGUAAACACUAAAGCUGAGUUCUGGUGUUACAGCUGUGAAGAAGGAUUAUGCUCAAAAUGUUCUGGUCAUCAAAUCAUCACGUGAUCAUAAGACUAUUAAUAUCAAUAGUUAUAAACCCUCCAUUGAAGCUAUCAAUACCGAAUGUGAGGAACAUGGUCAACAGUUUAACUUGUACUGUCCCAGUCAUUUAAUGCCUUGUUGUGAUGAAUGUAUUUCUAUAAGUCAUUCAAAAUGUACAGGAAUAAAAAGUUUAGCGAGUGUUGUAGAAAAAACCAUAAUUGACAAAUCCACUAAAUGUCUGGAAAAGCAAAUAAAAUCCAUCAAAAAGAUUUUCGGAAAUUUGGUUACUGACAAGUCUAAAAACAUACGUAGAAGUGAACAAGAAUAUGAAAACAUACAAGAUUUCAUUGUUAAAAUUCGCAAGAAAAUAAAUAGCCAUUUAAAAAACCUAGAAAAGAAGCUAUGCAAUGAGGCAGAAACCGUCUGGAAUCAAGAAAAAUCACAAGCAACCGAAGUAAUCAGCGAAAUUGAAGGAAAACAGAAAAAGUUGAAUAAAAUGCAAGACCAUUUACACACAGUCAUAUCACACACUUCAAAACUCCAAUCAUUUCUAGGUGUACAUCAGAUUGAACAACAAAUAAACCAAUGUCAACAAUAUGUGGAAGAUCUCAAAAAGGAUGACAGGGCUAAAGAAUUUGAGAUAAAAAUGAAUCAAAGUAAUGAAAUAGAAAACAUACUAAGCAAGUUAGAAUCAUUAAAAUCCCUGGGAAAAGUAACAAGUGUUAAGACAGUUGAAGACUUGAAUAAAGAUAGAAGUGUAAGGAGGGAAGCACAAGUAGAAUUACGAGAACAAACCAGUAUACGCAAAAUGACCAUGCAUAUUGAGACAAAGAUAGAGAUCAACAUGAAGAAGGUUGUUAGUGACAUGAUUUGUCUGAUGGAUGGACGAGUUUUAGUAGUGGAACAGGAAAGUAAUGUUAACGUUUUUACUUCUGAUGGAAAACUACGGAAACAAUUACCUAUAUCAGGGAAAGGCUAUGGUGUUACACAGAUCAAUCAAAACAAUAUUGCCGUUACUUAUCCUUUUGAGAAAGCCAUUAAGAUCUUCAACAUGAAGAAUGAAAAAGUUACCAAAGUUAUCACAUUAGACAAAACAUGCUGGGGAUUAUCAUUUUCCAAUAAUGCUCUGGCUGUUGGUUUGAUGCAAAAUGAUGAUGAUGAUGAUGAUGAUGAUGAUGAUGAUGAUGAUGAUGAUGAUGAUGAUGAUGACGAUGACGAUGCUGGUGAAAUCCGUAUUAUAGACUUGGAAGGAAAUCCACUGAAGUCUAUACAAGUUGAAUGUGAAUCAGACCUGGAGCACCUUGUUUACUUAAAUGACAGAGUAAUCUAUAGUAAUUUUGAUGGUAAAGCAGUUUGCUGUGUGGGUGAAUCAGGAAAACAGAUCUGGCAAAAUACACAGGAUUUAAAAGGACCAGGAGGACUUUGUACAGAUACUUAUGGUAACAUUAUUGUAGCCGACUUUGACUCUGGGAGAAUAGUAGUAAUAUCAAAAGAUGGAAAGGAAAGUAAAGUACUGAUAAAUGAAGAUGAUAGACUGGAUUCUCCUCAGUGUAUUUGUUUUAAACAUAAUGAGUCUUCAGGUUUUAUUUGUGAUUACAAAUGCACAAAGUUGACAAAAUUCAAUUUAUCUUCUGGAUAACAUGCACACUGAAUAUUCAAAUGAUAUAAUUUUCUUUGAACCUGCAACCAAUUAUAUAUAUCAUUAGCUAAACUAAUGUAACCUUUGAAUAUAAGAAAUGUUAUUCCCUGUUUUUGACAUUCAAAUGAAAAUUUGAAAAUAUUUUGUAGAAUAAGCAACAGUUUCCUAAAUGGAUCUUUACUCUAACUAUGAUGAUAUUUACUGAACUGUGGUUUGAGUGAUGUAAUGUAGAAUAAGCAACAGUUUCCUAGAUGGAUCUUUACUUUAACUAUGAUAAUAUUUAGUGACCUGUGGUUUGAAUGAUGUUAUAUAUUUAAUUCUGUUGUGUUUGAUGUUAAGUAGUGAAUUGUGUUUUUUUGUGU